CCAUCCCAUCGCAAAUCUAAACAAAGAAAAAGCGUUCCUCGCCGAAAAUAAUCUUCGGUUGAGACCCCGAGUGAAAAGAAUCUGAAUAAAAUCGCUUAGUUGCGGGGGCGAUCCUAGUACCUGCUGCCAGGUGUCGAGUAUUGAACCUCCGGUGUAGGCAGCCCACAUUACACCCGACGGGCUUUGUGCAAUACCCCCACUAGGUCUGGAGCGCAACCAAACUUGUCAGAAUCCGGAGUUGCUACAUUACAGUACCGUAAUACCACUGUAUUGUUUUUUUUGUCGGAGUGUGCAAUCCGUGGGUUCUGAAAUGGUGUCUGGUGCAGUUUGGGCCCCCCGCGACGCCGCCCCAGCUUUAUAGUGUCUCAGGUGACGUCGGUGUGUGACUCUUGGACUAGCCCCUAAUGGAAAACAGUUCGCAUUCGUCCGCUAACCCCAUUUCACAGGGGUGUGGCCCACAUUCGCAGAUAUCUAUACAUGUGAGCCCCACCACAGGGGGCGACUUCUACCUCAGUGUGGAACCAGACAUUAGCGUUGAUAAUUUCAAGAAACUCGUCUCGAAAAGACUCAAGGUGCCCAGGGACAGGAUAUGUCUGUUGUUUCGCGAUAAGCAAUUGCAAGACGGGAGUUUGAUACAACAUGGCAUCUCGGAUGGCUCCAGAGUCACUUUACUGCCCAACGUUGAAACAGGGCUUAUCACUCAGCGUCCGGAAAUAGGAAUAAUGCAAGCCUUAGAAUCUCUGAACGACACCCAAGUAAACGAAUUCCUAUGUGGAAAAGCUCCACUAAAUCUAAGCAUGCGAUUGGGUGACCACAUGAUGCUAAUCCAACUGCAAUUAAGCACCGUUUCAGGAACAAAACCACCGAUUGUCUCAGGACCACCACCAACUACCAGUCCUCCAAGUCUCCUUCAAGCAUCCAGAAACCUCCAGCACACUUUACGAAGACUAUCCGCCGACGUCUUCUCGGGCCGUGAUAAAGGCCGUCGAGAGAGCGUGUAUUCGGGAACUUUCAGCGGUGCUCUGAACCCUGCCUUACAAGACCCGAAAGGGCGUCCUCGUCGGGACGUCGCCACAAUAGUCCACAUCCUCAAUGAUCUCCUAUGCUCCGUUCCUGAGUUCCGACGGGUGAGUCGGAAAGGAUCCGAAGAACCAGUACCUGUCCCCGAGCAAGAAGACGAACCGUCAUCGUCGACAUGUAGUGAGGACCAAAACCUGCGCACCCGCGGUAAACUUGAACAGCUUCGUCUCGUUAUGGGGGAGAGACGUGAGCGCAGACGCCAGCGUAAACAGAAACCGUAUUCGUUGCCUCCUAGUGAUACCGACACCGUAACUGCAUAAAAAAAUUCCUUUGUUUUUGUACAUAGUUUUUUUUUCCAAGAUUUAAUUCGAAAUUACGCUAAAGCUCUUGUAAGUUAUGAAGAAAACGUGGCUGUGGGUUGAUCAGAAACGGCUCUUCAACGAAGAGGCGAUGACAAUUUUACUGUUGACGGUUCUUGUUGUUUGUAAUUUAAAAGAGUUUUAAUGUAAGCAGCUCUGUAAUGUGCAUUUGUAAGGUCUUUCUUUAAGUUUAGUGAAUUACUAUUAGCAUAAUUGUUUCAAUUCUUCAUUUGUUGUAAUUAUUUUUAGACAAGCAAUUUAAACGUUAGAUGUUAAGAUGCAUUCGUUUAAUCAAAGCGAUGUAGGCAGCAGCCUCUACUGAUCAUUCUGUUUUGUUCCAUUUUUGGUAUAGAAAAAAUAUUCAUUGGUUAUGUUUAAUAAAGUAUUUUCCAAAAUU